AUGGUUGAGACUAGUCGGGAGUCGAGCGAAGGUCGCGUGGGAAACGUUCAAAUAUCGUCCAAGCUUCGCGCGGAUUUAUCAAACGCCGCCUUGGAAACACUGACGGCUGUGGAACGUAGCUCGCACAAGGCUCAUGUGCGGUGUUUGUUGACAGGUGCUGAAAGACUGUGCGACUUACUUUGGUCAUGUCGAAGUCACAAAGACGAGGAUCGAGUUUUUGGAUUGCGAUAUACGUUGAUUCGAAGGCUGGUCGCGCUCGAAGCGAAUAAGACAGUUGCUGCACAUUGCUGGGCCUUGCUCAAGGAUCUGCUCCACCCACGUCCACUUGACCAGUUGAGUACUUUGGAGCUAUCAAAGAUCUGCAGUCGCCGCCGAGAUGAAAAUGUUUUCGUUACCGUAUUGAUUGGUACUUUUUUAAUACUGGUGAGCGCUUUGAGUGAUGAAAGUCUCGAGUCAUCUGAUGUUUACUCAGACUUGCUGCAGUUGUCCAGCGUCACGACACCCCUCCUCACCCUCAUCUUGAACAAAAAAGUUGAAAGUUCGUCGAAGAAACAUGUUCGUAGCUUGAUAAGCAAUUCUCUACGAGUAUUGAAGCGUUUACACGAUGUGCUACCUUUCUCUGACAUGUCAGUAGUUAGAAAAACGUUCCUUGACGUGAUAGUGCGUUGUUUGGAGCACUCACUGUUUGGUGACGACUAUAUCUUCGAAGUGUGUGCACAACUCUUGCACUGUACAAGUGUUUCGGAGUCAUGCGAAUAUUUGCUUCCCAUCUUACGUCUACAAGACUUCACGAACGAGGAAAAGCUAGUGCCCUUGUGCUGGCAUGUGGCGUAUCGGGCAAUACAGCUGGAUGCACGCGAAGGUGCGAUUCAGUUAUUUUGUGAAUUGCACGAGCUAGCUUCAUCUUGGUACGCUAUCAGUUUAAAGGUUGCGCUACGACUUACACGGUUGAGUGACCAUAUGUUGGUAUACCAGGAGCUUAGUUAUGCAAAUCAAAGCAUAUCUCAGUUGCUUCAAGGACACAUUGAUGAGUCAAUGAUCAACGUAUUGGUUCGUAUUUACGUAGCACUGGCACGCGAAGUCCGAUCAAUUGGUCAACAUUCUGCAUGCAACUGUAGUGAACUUUCUUCUCAAGUCAUGACAUGCAGUCUUAUAGGUUUACAACUUUUGGAGCUUACAGUACAAUGCGACUCAGCUACACGAAAGAUAUGCAGCAGUUUACCAGAGUUGUGUGUCGCUAAUAUUUUAGUCGCUUUACUACUCGAAUCAUCCACUCGGGAUAUUACGUGCUUUGGGGAAUUUCAUGAGUGGAGCAUUGUUCGAGACUCUCUCGAACAACUCUUAACAAGGGAUGAAGUUAACACUGUGUCAACAAGGAGGGUUAUUCACACCGUCGCAAGGAAAUGUCAAGAUGUAGACUGGUCCGAGGCCGCAGAGACCUUGUACGCUCUGAACGUACGCUGCUGCGAGCGCCUUGAUGGCGCAGAGGCACGCAGAGCAAUCGACUGUGGUGAAAGAGAUGGCCGAAUCAGAAGCUUUUUCAGCUUUUUGUGGCUUUCAAACAAGCGAGCGGACGCAAUCAAUGUUUUGAUACAGCAUUCGAAACACUACGGAACGAGUAAAAUGCCAUUCGAACUAUUACUUGAGCUUUAUACUGAUAUGACAGACACUGAAAAAGACUCUGCGCUGCCGUUGGUCCCAAGACUGCUGCGUUGUCAUGGCCACUGUGUGCAGUUAUUGGAAUCAGUAAUAGAAGAGUAUCGAUUUUGGACUGAUUCGGCCUUACCAGUGGAUGUAAAGCACCGACUACAGUAUGAGUUAAUAGAUAGUGUGGCGAAUGCACUUACUGAAAACAAAGCCACUGGAGAUGUUGACACUGCAGUGUGUGCAUCAAUCUUCUCGAGACUGCUUCGAAUGGCACUACCACGACCGCCACAGGACAUUGAACAGUGUGGUAACGUAAAAUGCGUCCUUUGCAAAUAUAAGGACACCUUGGACUUCUUUCGGACCACGUCUCGUAAAUAUUGUACACGAACGAAGGAGGAUAAUUUGGUCUGUACGGCACUGUCAGUCGAAUUCUCUUGCCAUACGGCCCUUGCAUUGGUUAGUAUGCAAGACAAAGAUGCAUACCGUGAAGCUCAUAAGAUAGUUGAGCAAUCAUUUGAGCAUAUCGAAAGACUUCAUAGAUCCAAGUCGAACAUCAAGUUCUAUGUUUCAAAUGCAGUACGAAAUAUGCUAGAAGCCUUGCAGGAAAUCUGUGAAGUGUUCAAUGUUUUUGGUACAACUUAUUUGUCGAGCAAGUUCAGGCAAUUCAUCUGUCCUGACACGACAAGCCAUGUGGCAUCGAUUCUUUUAGCCCCCAUCCCAUCGCCGUGCCUGUUUAUUUCCAUCCCAAGAUAUAGACAGACAUUUCAACGCCCCACCUUUCAUGAAGGUCGCUCAAUGUUGCUUCUGGCUGGCAUAGCGGCAGAAAGAGGAAAGUUCAGUGAAGCUUUUGCAUGCAUCGAAGUAUCGAUCGCUUCUUUGCGUACUUGUCUCCAUUCACGUCGUCAUUCUCAUCAGAGUGUCCAUGACCGCGAGAAAAUAGCUGUGCGUUCACAACCUCCAUUUUUCUGCGUGCUUGGGACAUACGUGUCGACUCUGUGUACAAAAGCUGCUGUUUGUACCGAGCUGGGUAUGUUUUCUUCAAGCGUAUCGGCACUCGAAGAAGCUAUGUCGUUAUCAAAAAUCAUUCGCUCGUACGCGCUUCAAGGUGCUAUUCACUUGCGCAAAGCUUACAUGUACAGGAGAUUUGACCACGUUGAUGAUUGCAACGCUGAGCUUGAGCAAUACAAAAACACCGUCAAAUUGGACAUUUCCAGAACAUUAUGCAAAAGCGAGUACGACUUGGGAACGAAACAGUUUGCUAGUGCGUUUGCGUUCUCCAUCGAAAGCAUGAGUUGUGUCGAUUUGACCAGACGCGUGGAAAUGCACGAAGCAGCUUUGAAGUGUGCGCAGGAAGCUCUUACUUCGCCUAUCAAAACUACCUCGCGGGAGCGCUCAAAUGAAAAUUUUGAGGGUUGUGCAUCUUGGCGAAGUGCGUUUACUUCACUAUAUGCAAAGCUAUUAUGCCACGACGCCGCUCUGCAGUCUGUUGGUGGAGGCAAAUCUCUCCGAUUACUACGUGAUGUCGCCAACAAGUGUCGCCAAUAUCAACCCAUCUUGGCAGUCCUAACGUUGACAAGUGAACUCAUUGUUGAUUGUUCAGUAGACUUGCAUCUAGGAAGAAGUAUCCCCCACGCAUCUGGUUUGCAACAGACGCAAAGUCAAUGCACUUCUUUGCGGGAAAAGUGUCAGGAAAAACUUUUCGAGCUCAUGUCGAGAUGCCGUGACACUCCCGUAGUUCUUUGGGAACUGAAUGCAAAAAUGUUAUUUUUCGUACUUUCUUCGGAUCAAGGUGAUGUAUACGAGGUAGUUCGUGUUUUACAUGCGUGCUUUGGCGCGCCAAUGAGAAGUCAAAACGUAGCUUUGUUGAAGCUGAACAUUAUAAAACAAUGCACGGGCGAUGAAGAUCUCAUGGAACGUGUGUACAAGUUGCGCUUUGGCAGUUUUUCUAAUUUUCCUACCGUUUCGUCUUUGUCUAUUGCGCUAGAACAUCUCGAAAUUUCUCAAGCGGAGGUAGCUCGUUUGAAGGGGAUUCCGCAGCUUGCCCACUGCUUGCAUCAGAAUCUACUGGAAUUACCAGUUGUGACGCUCGGUCUAGUGCACUCUGCAGUGAAAGCUGCGAAUGUUCAAGAUGAACUCGUUAUAUCUCGCGUCGACGGCAUCGAUCGGCGUGUUGUCUGUGUGCGAGUCAGACAUCCCGCGCUGAGAGACGUGUUUACAAAGUUUGCUGACACACUUGCACGUCAGCAUGAUACACCUGAGGAAUCGUGCAGUCGCGAGUCAAAACUGAUCUGGUGGGAAACACGAAUUUUACUCGACGCACGACUACAUGAAUCACUGGACCAGAUGAAUGCAAAUAUUCUCGGACCAUGGAGAGUUCUUUUGCUUGGGCGUGCCAGCGAUCAGGUGAGAGGUUUGAUCGAGGACACUACACGUGCUGUAGUGGUCCGACUUAAGGCAAUCGCAUUACGUGACAAUUUGCAACUUGCUUCGUCUGCAUAUGAGCUAACAUUUCUGAUGCUCAGUGGUGCUCAUUCCCUAUCAGAUGGGGAACUUCACACCGCAUUCGCAAGUUUAAUGAUCCUUAGUCUUCACCCUGUGCAUGAAAUGACAACGUGCUUAGUUGUAUCAAGUGAACAAGGAGCAGUUAGGCGCAGCAAACUGGAUCUUUCUGAAAUUGUGACGUAUGUGCGCGCACAAUUAUCUGGUGAGUUAAAUAACUCUUCGCAUAUGCGAGUCGGUGGUUACGGACAAAAGUAUAGUCCGGUGCUGCUUUCACUUGACGAGACAACAAAAUGUUUUGCGUGGGAGUCACUCAGUGUGCUAGGAGAGCAGCAAGUUUAUCGUAAUCCCUCGAUUCAUGUUGCCAACGCAGCUCGUGUGUCAACCCAAAACUCACUCUGCAAGUUGAACCUUGGUUCUGCAUUCUAUGUAUUGAAUCCAACUGGUGAUCUUGUGAAAACACAACAGUAUUUGACUCCCUUGUUAGCAAAAGCAGGUUGGGAUGGUGUGAUUGGGACCCCACCAACCGUAAACGAAGUUCGGAAAGCUUUUCAGGAUGUAGAUUUCUAUUUUUAUUUUGGACACGGUGGUGGGCAAGACAUCAUAAAAAUUAAAACGAUUCUGGAUAGUUGCAUUCGUUCUGUGAUGAUAUUAAUGGGAUGUUCGAGUGGAGCUUACGAAUACUUUGACAAUUUGUCACCCACAAGUAUUUCUAUGCUGUACUUGCUCUGUGGCGCGCCGACAGUACUAGCUAAUCUAUGGGAUGUCACAGACGUAGAUAUCGAUAGAUUCUCAGCACGAUUACUUCAAGACUGGCUAUCUCGUACGAAUUCCACGGAUGAUAUGAAAACAUUCUAUCGUUUCAGUACUAGUUUACAAGACGCCAGAAACGCCUGCCGGCUAAAACACCUUGUGGGUGCAGCGCCUGUACUCUACGGCGUGCCUGCUGUGCUCGACGAUUGA